AUGACAGAUAAAGAUAAACGAAUAGAAAGUGCACUCAAACUCUAUUUUGAAAGCGAUUUCACCAAGAACAGGAUCAGACGACUUACAGGUAUUGAUGUGAAUUACUAUUUAACAAAACUAUCUGAUCCGACCUUCCACCCUCUAGGUCAUGGAGGAUACAGACACAGCAAGUUUGGAAAGGAUGGACAAUUGUUUCUCGAGUUGACAGUAUGGGCAAUCAUUGUCGAGAACCCUCAGUACAAUAUAUCGGAUAUACGACGUGAACUUGUGAAGCUGAAUCCAGCUCUUGAUGGUAUCACCAAUGAUCACAUUGAGAGGAUAUUCAGAAGUUGGCGUUGGUCUUGGAAACGACCAGAAGUCAAACAAAUUCACAAGUACAGGGAGGACAACAUGCAUUACUACCUCGAGUUCUUGGCAUUUAUGAGAUUGGUUGACUUCAAGGAUCUGGUGUUUGCAGAUGAAGUAUCAUUCCAAAGUAGAAAUCUACGCAAGACACUUGUGGUGGGUCCAAUCAACAAGACAGCUAUAAUCAAGACCAAGAACCCAAUUGAGGAGUCUUGCAACUUCAUGUGUGCAAUCAACUAUGAUGGCAAGAUGUGGAUUUCACAGCGAACGUCGACGAAUGACGCCCAUGACUUUGGCCUCUUUGUAAAGGAUCUGGUCAAGAAUGGUGCACUGUCAGCAAACAAAUUCCUGAUUAUUGACAAUGCACCAAUUCAUGGUGGCGCAUAUCUCCACGAGCUGUAUCAGACAGUGGAGUCAGUUGGUGCCAAGCUAAUCUUUUUGCCUAAGUAUUCACCAGAGCUAAACCCAAUCGAGCUAGUGUUUGCCUUUGUCAAGAACAAUCUACGACAUCGGCAAAUUGACAACUUCCAUUUGGCCAUCAUUGAAGCGUUCCAACAAAUAACAUUGGAGUACACCAGGAAUAUUUACCGGCACUGUCUCCACCCUGGCGAUAAAAAGAAAAAUGAUAAA